AUGAACAAUAAAUCUAAAGAGGUUGCUACACCUGCAUUGUGGGAAAAAGAAACAAAAAUACUAUUUUGCGAUCUUUGUCUUAAAGAGAUUGAACGGGGAAAUAGACCUACGACUUUUUUUAAUAAAGAAGGGUGGCAAAAUAUUAUCAGAUGUUUCAAGGAAUGUACAGGCAGGGAGUACGACAAGUUGCAAAUGAAGAACAAGUGGGACCAACUGAAGAAGGACUGGAAAAUUUGGAAAGAAUUGAAGAGGGGAUCUACGUGUCUGGGUUGGGAUCCAGUUAAACAAACAGUUGAUGCACCUGAUGAAUGGUGGGCUGACAGAAUUGCGGUGGUGCCCGCUGCAAAGAAAUUUAAGUUUUCUGGAAUAGAGCCUGAAUUUGAGGAAAAACUCGAUCGCAUGUUUGGAGGUGUGGUUCCAACGGGGAUCUAUGCAAGUAGCCCAAGCGAGACAGGGUUUGCUGGCAAUGCCGUGAAUUUGGGAACCCCUGGAGAUUCAGUUGAUUUCAUUGAUGUCCCCAGCCCAGAUCAAAACGAAAAUGAAAUAAUUUCUCGUUCCAAACGUCUAAAGGUUAUUGGUAAAAGAAAAUCUGGUGCUUCUUCCCUCAGACUCGAGCUAUCCGAGGCGGUUUCUUUUUUCAAGGCAGAAUGUCAGGCUUCUCAAUCAAGCUUUAUCGAGGAGGCACUUGAAAUCUUAAGCACUACAACCAAAAUUUAUGCAGAUAAAGAUUUAUAUCUAUUCACAGCAGAAUUAAUAGAGGACCCGGUUCGUAGAGAUAUCUUUGUAAAGAUGCCAGCAGCCCACAGAGUUGCAUUUAUUCGGCAUUUUUAUAAUCGUAUAAACAUUUCAGAUGUUUUAUAUUUUUCAUCCUUAGAACCUUUCUACUGCAUUAUCUUUUAUGAUCACUUGAACAUUUAA